AUGGACGCCACGAGCGCACCGCCGGUUGCGUGCGAGGUGGAAGAGCUGCGUGAUUUUGAAUUAGUCAAAGGCGCUCUGCCACCGGGCAAGGAUUUUAUUAACGAUCUGCCCGACGACGUGCUCUCCGCGAUUCUCGUUCGUGCUUCUGGCGGCAAGACGUUGCACCACGCGCUCGUGUGUCGCCGCUGGCUGCGCCUGGCGCAACUCUCGCAGCAGGCCGUCCACGUCACCGCCCCGCGCCACCUCCACGCGGGCGAGCUGCUGCGCGGCUUGGCGCGCUUCCCCAACGUGGACUCGCUCACGCUAGCCGACAAGAGCGUCGACUUUUUCAACGACGCGUUCCUGCGCGCGCUGCCCUCCGCGUGCCCGCAGCUCUCCCGCUUGCGCCUGGACGAGCCGCAGUACACCGGCGCGCCCCACUUCCGCAUCACGCUCUCUUGCCUUGGCCGCUUCCUUCGCAGCGCGUCGCGCCUCGAGGAGCUCACCUUGAAGCACAGUCUCGGCAACAUCACGAAGCUUCCUUCCUCGCUCGCGUCGAUUUCGUCGCUGCGCGUUCUCAAGCUCUGCUUGAAGCGCCUCCGCGUUCUGCCCGACGAGCUCGGCGCGCUGCGCGCGCUCGAGGAGCUCUCCGUUGUCUGCCCCAAACUCACGAGCCUCCCCGCGUCCGUCGGCCAGCUCCCGCGGCUAUCCCGCCUCAGCAUGGCGAACUGCCGCGAGAUGAGCCAGCUUCCCACGCAACUUGGCGCGCUGAGCGCGCUGACGGCGCUGGAAAUUCACGGGUGGUACCGCCUGGAGGGCAUUCCGGAGAGCAUCGGCGCGCUGAAGGAGUUGCGGCGCCUGCACCUGCGCAACAUCACGUGCGCGCUGCCGAACGUGGGGGAGGAGUGGCGCAAGCUGGAGGAGCUGCGCCUCGAGGACGCCAUCGCUCACCGCCUUCCGCCCAUCUCCCUCGCAUCCCUCGCGCUCCUCACCAUCCGCCAAUGCCGCCACCUCCGCGCCCUCCCCGACGACAUCGGCGCGGCGCCAGCCCUCCGCGAGCUCGAGAUCGUCGAGGCGCCGCUCACCACGCUGCCCGCGUCGAUCGGGAUGCUGACGUCACUGGAACGGCUAGUGCUGGCGCCGUACGGGUCGCUGAGCGCGCUGCCGGCCGCGCUGCUGGCGCUGCCGCGACUGGCGCACGUGGUGCUGAAGAACGUGUCGAGCCUUGAUUCGCUGAUGGGGAAUUGGGCGGAGGCAGAGCUGCACAUGGCGUGCCGCGCGCCGCUCGGCCGACUGCGCCGCCUGCCGACCGCGCUGUGGGCGCUGCCGGCGCUGACGCACCUCGGGCUGCACGGCUUCACGCAGCUCGUCGCGCUCCCCGCGCGCGUUGCGCGCCUCUCGUCGCUGCAGUCGCUCACGCUCCAAUCCUGCUCGCGCAUCACCCACCUCCCCCCCGCGCUCGACGCGCUCGCGUCGUCCCUCCGCGCGCUCACCCUGUCGGACCUCUCCGCGCUCUACUCCUUCCCCCCCGUCGUCUGCCGCCUCACCGCGCUCACCUCGCUCUCGCUCGUCCGCCUGAUGCACGUCGAGCGCCUCCCCCCCGCGCUCUCCGCGCUCUCCGCCCUCCGCGCGCUGAAAGUCUCUGUCGCGUCCGAACUCUCGUCAAUUCCGCAAUCGCUGGGCCAGCUGGCGGAGCUCGAGUCGCUCGAGUUGGAGGACUGCCCCGCGCUGCGGAGCCUGCCCACGUCGCUCGGCCGCCUGACGGCGCUGCAGACGCUGGCGGUGCUGCGGUGCGGCGCGCUCACCGCCAUACCCGCCGCCAUAAGCAGGCUCGGCGCGCUGACGCGCCUCAGCAUGAGCUCGUGUGGCGCGCUCACGUCACUGCCGAAUUCCAUCGGCCAGCUGGGCGCGUUAAAGGAGCUGACUAUAACGAACGUGCCAAUCGCGGCGCUUCCGGACACUCUGGGCGGGCUGACGUGUCUGGAGCAGCUGCGCGUCUCGGACUGCCUCUCCCUCGCCGCGCUCCCCGCGUCGCUCUGCACCCUCCCGCGCCUCCAUACGCUCUCUCUCGCCUCCUGCCCCGCGCUGCGCGCCCUCCCGGACGACAUUGGCCAGUUGCGCGCGCUCAAGCGCCUCGCCCUCGAGCGCUGCUCCGCGCUCGCUCGCCUCCCCGCGUCCGUCGUGCGCCUCCCCGCGCUCGAGUCGCUCGACGUCACCAGCUGCGACCUCCUCACGCACCUCCCGGACGACUUCGCGCCGCUGCCGCGCCUUGCGCGCCUCGCGAUCAACCACUGCCGCGCCUUCACGCAUCUUCCCGCGUCGCUCCCCCGCUUGCCCGCGCUACGCGUCCUCUCGCUCUCGUACUGCCCGUCGCUCGCCGCGCUCCCCCCCAACCUCGGGUCCCUCCGCGCGCUGCACUCCCUGCACCUGCGCGAGUGCUCCGCGCUGGCGGAGCUGCCCGCGGGGCUGGCGCGCGCGGAGGGGCUGCGCCACCUGGACGUGUGGGGGUGCGCGGCGGUGGGGGACGACGCGGAGGUGGGCGUGUGCGGGCGCAGCGUGCACGUGGUGCGGGGGAGGCGCGGAGGAGGCGAGUAUGUGGGGGUGAAGCCCAGGAAAAGGCGUGCGGGGCGGACGAGAGGGGGAGGAGCGGGGGGAGCGGGGGGAGAGGGUGCUCAGGGGGGAGCGGAAGCAGGCGGAGGAGGGGCAGGAGGAGGAGAGGCGGCUGGGGGGAUCGCGAGUGGGGCAGACAGGGGCGGGGCGGAGGCUGGGGAUUUGGGGGGGGAAGCAGCAGGGGAGGGAGGGGAGGUUGAACGAGAAGGGGAAGGGGGGAUGGUGGCAGAGGGCGAGAGGGCAGGGUGGGGAGGAGGUGGAGGGGAAGGUGGGGGAGAGGUGGAGAGUGGGGGAGAGGAGGGCGAGAGUGCGGUGAGGGAGGAGGGCGAGAGUGAGGUGAGGGAGGAGGGCGAGCAGCGAAGGGUGGAGGGAGAGGAUGCGGAGCAGUGCACGGCUUGGUUGACCAUGCUGCAUCGGUGA